AUGGUACAGCCUACUGCCAACUCCGCGGGGCCGGCUGGAGACAUCUCUGUGAGGGAGUGGAUUUGCUGGGAAGGCGAAGGCCCCAUGGAGCCCACGACGACCCUCGUCCUAACCGCACCCAGCAACACGUUCCUCGACGUGCGGCUGCUGCUGCCAACCCCCCAGACGCCGCCGUCGGAACUGCCACUGCCCAACACAGGCGGGCCGCUCAACCGCCUCGACUGGGCCUUCUCGGGCGUGUCCGAGACGUUGCCGCCGAUGGUCAUGCCGCAGAUGCAGCUCGCGGCCGCGCACACGCAGGUGCCGCCGCUGGUGCCGGUCGAAUACGGCCGCCUGUACGAUCCCAACGCGACAGGACCGUGGGGCAGCGGCGCCAUGACGGUGCCGAGGAAGCGGUGGAGGCACGUCAUCGACAGCAGGUGCGUCGCACCGGACCAGAAGCCGGCACAGGACGAGGGCGAAAUGUACCCCGUCGCGGGCAGGCCCGAGGCGUGCUUGGAGAUCGGCCGGAUGGAGAGGGAGAGGGGAAGCGGCGUCUCGAUCGGCUACCAGGAGCUAUGGGUCACGGUGGAGCCGAGGUUGGUCGGCACCGAGACUGGCCGCCACGGCGUUGUGCUCUCGCUCGAUAUGCCCGAGCGGCAGGCCCGCGGCAUCGUCGUUCGCGUCGCGCAGUUCUGCCAAGCGCUGCUGAUGAUCAACGGCCAGAUCGACCUCGAGCGCUGGGAGCAUUUCGUCGGCGCCCAGGGUACCAUGGGUGAGUGGCAGCGCGUGGCGAAGCUGGGGAGCAGGUUCCUGCCGUGCGCUUGGACGUUCGAGGAUGGUAAGGCCAUGCUGGACAACGUGGCUGUUGGCAGCACGCUGCAAGAUGGCGAGAUGAUGUGGCAGGUGCAGGAGAGGUUUACCUGGUAA